GCUCAGGGAUUGCUGCAGGGGCUCUCCAGGGGGGCAGGGGCGGUUCCAAUUGCCCUGAUCGAAACAGCUAGGGGUUCGAGUGCUUGGACCAAGUGUUUCAAAGAGGCCAGAGCUCCCCCCAAAGAAGGUGGCAGCUUCCAUCUUUGGAUUUCAAUCCAUUUCUUCUCUCUACGCUCUUUUCUGCAUCUUUCUUGCCCUCUUUACGGAACUGGCUUCUUGAAUCGCGGGCGACAUACAAGAUUUGAUCUGUUCAACCAUCGAGGUAUAAAGGACCAGAUAACAACAUCUAAACGCAGCGCCCGAUCGAGUUUCUUCCUUUUGGAGCUACCUACCCCUCGAAUCACACCGAGUCACACCACCAUAAUGGCUUCGAGGUUCACUCAGCCGCCGCAGAGCGAGUCGUGGUUCGCACCUGUAUCGAUUGAUCUUGUUGUCAAGGUGCUCAGGACAACCUUCUUCCACCCCUUCAUCUCAUGGAUCAUCCCGCUCUGCUUCCGCGCGCAAAACAUGCAAUGGGAUGCCCCUCCCAUGCUGGUAUCCAUAGGAUGGGCGGCCUUCAUAACUUUGUGCUGGAUAGCCGGUAGCAUCAACGAGAGGCUGGCCUUCGGCCUUCCCCGAGAGGUUGACCUCAGCGAGGAGGUCAUCGUCAUCACGGGUGGGGCGAGUGGGUUGGGCUUGCUGAUUGCCGAAGUCUACGGCAUGAGGGGCGCUACAGUGGCCAUUCUGGACGUGAAUGAAAUGGAGAAUGGGGAGGCCCGCGGAGUUACCUACUACAAGUGCGACGUCACGGACAAGGCGCAGAUAGCCCGAGUAGCUGCCGAUAUUGAGAGAGACCUUGGCACACCCACGGUCCUCAUCAACAAUGCGGCCGUCGUCUUGGGCAAACGGCUGCUCGACAUGGAAAUUGCCGAGAUCGAGAGGAGUCUCUCGACCAACCUCCUCAGCCAUUUCUACACCCUGAAGACGUUCCUUCCCGCGAUCACCCGCAACGAGUGCGGCGGGACCAUCGUGACCAUCUCCAGCGUGAUCGGCCAUGUGGGUGCCGCGCAGCUGACGGACUAUGCGGCGGCCAAGGCCGGCGUCACGGCCCUGCACAAGUCCCUGACGGCGGAGCUGCGCGAGAGCCAUCCCGAGAUCAGGACGGUGCUGGUGACUCCGGGCCAGCUGAGCACGCCGCUGUUCUACGGGGUCCGGACACCGAACUCGUUCCUGGCGCCCGUUGUGGAACCCGUCGACGUCGCCAAGGAGAUCAUCAACGCCAUCGACAACGGGCGCAACGCCAGCAUCGGGAUGCCGCUCUAUGCCCGGUGGGUCGACUGGUUCAACGUCUUGCCCACGGGUGUCCAGGCCGUCACCAGACGGCUGGCUGGCGUGGACGAGGGAAUGAAAACGUUCAUUGGCAGGAAGGGGAACGAGUUGAGCGAGAAGAACGGGGUCCUGAUACAGGGCCUCUGAACCGGGUUGUUGGCGCGGGCGUGAAACGACUCGGAUUUAUGUACGACUACACUAAUCGAGACUAGAAGUAUUCAUGUAAACCCCGAUGUUAAGAUAAGGGUCGGACGAGGUUUGCAGUCUCCCUUCAAGAUACUUAUGGAUAGAGCAUAUACAAGGAAUUUAACUUUAAA